AUGUUAACUGGACUUCCGCAGUUGGAGCAAGGUCGCUCCUUCCACAGCAAUCCACGAUCAGCGAGCCAUUCGCCGAAUUCCUUCUCCGAAUUCGAUGCAAGCUCCGGCCAAGUGACGUUUAAUUACGCUGCGUCCGGAGACCAGCCGACCGCGAAGCUGAAGCACCUCUUCAUGGACUUCUUCAAAUUUGAACUUGAAUGCUUCACCAAGGUCAAGGCGGCGCUCUACGCUAAGUCCGAUGCUCGCCUGGCGUUCAGCGAAAAGAGGCCGGCUCCUUACGGAACCAUCUCCUUAUACAUUGGGUUCGCUAACGCCUACUUACAAGUGAAAGUUGACAACGGCUCCAAUGAUCUCCUCACUAUCAACGCCCAAGAGUAA